AUGCCUGGAAGCGCACACGACACCAACGGCCACGAGCAAGAUGAAGACUAUGUCGACCUUUUCGAGCCGUCCGACGAUGACUUCUCAGACCAAGAACUGGCCGCUUCAAACCCAGCGGACUACACCAAAGCCUACAAUCGCCAACGAAAACUCAACGACAAUUCAGUCCCGGAAUCGCAGAAACCCAAGACCAAUCCACAGCUCAACACCAAAGCCGACAUCGACGAUCACAUUAAGAGCUUGUCGAAGCAUACAGCGAAGUUAAGACUCAACGACAUGGAGAGUGGCAUAUCAAAACAGCACCAAGGUGCUGAAAAGUCAGAUCGGGCGACGAGCGAGCAGGUGCUGGAUCCGAGGACAAGGAUGAUGAUGUUGCAGAUGUUGAAUCGGAACAUUGUCUCUGAGAUCAACGGUGUGCUUUCCACAGGUAAAGAGGCGAACGUAUACCACGCGGUCACCAUUCCUGAGUCAGAGAGCGAAGAGCCAGCACAACCGCUCAAUCGGGCCAUUAAGGUGUACAAGACGAGUAUUUUGGUAUUCAAGGACAGAGACAAGUAUGUCACGGGCGAGUAUCGGUUUCGGCAAGGUUACAACAAGAGUUCGAACAGGGCGAUGGUCAAGGUCUGGGCGGAGAAGGAGUUUCGCAACUUGAGACGACUAUACGCUGCUGGUAUUCCUUGCCCUGAGCCGGUCUAUCUCAAGGCGCACGUUCUGGUUAUGGGAUUCUUGGGCAACUCGAAAGGAUGGCCUGCUCCGAGACUGCGAGAUGUCGAGUUCGAUUCAUCGGUCACAGAAGACGAGGCUGCCGAAAAGUGGCAAUCGAUAUAUCAAGAGCUUCUUCGCUAUAUGCGCAGGAUGUACCAAGUAUGCCGUCUGGUUCACGCCGAUCUCUCAGAGUACAAUCUUCUCUACCACAAGCAGAGACUAUAUGUUAUAGAUGUCAGUCAAAGUGUGGAGCCCGACCAUCCCAGAUCACUGGAGUUCUUGCGAAUGGAUAUCAAGAACAUCAGCGACUUUUUCAGGAAGAAAGACGUUGACGUCCUAUCCGAGCGAGCUGUCUUCGGCUUUGUCACAACAGCCUCUGGUGGCGUUGAAGAAGCUGGAAUGAAAGAGAUGCUGCAGAAAUUGUACGAAGCCAAGGCUCAAGGUGGAGAGGAGCAAGGUGACGACACUGAAGUGGACAACGAAGUGUUUCGACAGCAGUACAUUCCGCAGAACCUGCAGCAAGUCUACGACAUUGAGAGAGAUGGAGAUAAGAUCAAGCAGGGCGCUGGUGGCGAUCUUGUCUAUCAGGAACUACUCGCGGACAAGAAGGAAGCCGCGAACGAUGAGGAGAAAGAUGAGGAUGAGGAUGAGGAUGAAUCUGGUUCCGACGAUGACGAAUUCAGUGAUAGCGAUCGCAAACCACGCGGAAAGCGGUUCGAAGACAAAGAAGCCAAGAAGGAGCACAAGAAAGCCGUCAAGGAAGAGAAGCGCGAGCGACGCAAGGAAAAGAUGCCGAAGCAUCUGAAGAAGAAAUUGGUCAAUCAAGGCAGUCGAGGCAAGAAGUGA